CGAAGGCGCUGGCGAUGCAGACGCGCUUCCUUGGCCUGUGCCAGCAACGGCGCUGGCGCAGGGGCGCUGCUUUAUCGCCCGCAUGGCUGCCGUCGCCAAGGCCUGCCAUGCGGCCGAUCCAGCAGGGCCGAGCCCGAUCCUGCUGCUGCCCGACAAGGACGCCGACGGCCUGUCUGCCGGCGCCAUCCUCCACCGCACGCUCCUCCGCGUGUACGGCGUGCCCGACGCCGCGAUCCGGGUGCACCACGUCGGCAGAGGUGCCAGCCCCGGAAGCGCGGCAGAGCGCGAGGCAAUGGCGGCCUCUCAAGCUCGCUGGAUCGUCGUCCUCGACCAGGGCAGCCGCCACGGGCCGGGCUUGACAGUCGCAGCGGAGCGAGGCUGGGAGUGGGACGAUUCGGAGGCGCCCGAAGAGCAAGCGCGGCGAGAGAUGUCCGACGUCGAGCCCCGCGUGCGCAGUCUCAUCAUCGACCACCACCACCUGGCGUCCGGCGAAGUUGGGCCCAAGGGCGCGCUCAUGCUCAACGCAUGCGCGUACGAGCCGGUGGCAACGUCGGCGCUCCUGACGUGGUGCAUAUGCCGGCCUCUUUGGACGGCAGCGGAGAGCGAUGCCGUAGCUGGGCCCUCGCAAAGCCAGCUCGCUGGCGGGCUUGUGGCCCACACGGAGAGCGAAGCGCAGGCCGCCCUCGACUAUCUGGCCCUGAUCGGCACGUGUGGCGACCUCGGCGUGCAGGUCAAGUGGGCGCCCCCGUGGCCGGACCUCGAGCCAGAGCUGAAGCGCUGCACCCGCAAGCGCAUCGGCGAGAUCGUCAGUGCGAUCAAUGCGCCACGUCGCUCGCCGCGGUUCGACGUCUCGAGCGCGUACCUCUCUCUCCUGACAAGCACAGGCGCCGCCGAUGUGCUGGACCCACAAGCGAACAGGCACGCCGCCGGACUGAUGGAAGCACGGAGCGAAGUGGCAGCGCAGGUGGCCCGCUUCUCCCACACUGCCCCCAAGUUCUCCAAGGACGGGCGCAUCGCCCUCCUCACCAUCUCGACGCCCUACCAGGUGCAUCCCAGCAUCGCCACACGCUGGGCCGGCAGCCUGCGCGGCGCCAAGAAGCUCGAAGGGGUGUUCUGUGCGAACGUAGGCUACGCAGCCGACCCGCCGGCCUCGGAUGGCGGCCAGCGUCCGGUCCACUUCAGCGGCCGUGUAGCAAAAGCUGCCAGAGAUCGUGGUGAGGACCCUUCGCUCAUCGAGCUGCUGCACUCGUACGCCUCCAGGGAUGCCACGUUCCUGCAGGACCUCUGCGAAGAGGAGGGAGUGGACCAUACGAGCGCGCUGAGCUUUGCCCGGGGACAUCGACAGGCCAGCGGCGGCAUCAUGCCCGCAUCCUUCUGGGAGCGCUUCACGCUGCUCAUGGGCAUCGGCGAGCGGCCGUCGCCGGACCCGAGCGCCUCGAGCCCGCGCAAGCGAAGCAGCGCUGCGCCGACGCAGAACAACAAGCUGACGAGCUACUUCAAGCGCACCUGAGUGCUGCCCCCAUUAUACCCCACCUUCAUCGACC